CUCUGAUACGGCAAGAGAUAUCGGCAACCGCUAUCACGAUAUUCUGAGCUCCCCAACGCUCAGGGGACUAGAAUCGGUCCGGAAGAUUGUCAAUGAAGCUAUCGUGCUUGAAGAGAUUGUAAGGAAUCACGUUGAAGAUCGCCGAGCACGUAUUGAGAAGAGAUACCACCAAAGAAAGCGUGGAAAACGAGCGAGACCGGUAGGAGAUUAUAUUCAUAAUGUGAGCUUGCAAGAGCUUCGAGAUCAGCAUACUGAGUUUGUUAAAGCAGGAGAUAAGGCACAGCAGAGAUCACAGCUUAGAAAUCCUCGAUCUUUUGCAAUUCGGCAGAUGGAGGAGAUAAAGGCUGAGUGGCGAGCGAAUAAGGAGGUUAUUGUUAACGGCGUUACGAAGAAGAUGCAGUUUAAACAGUGGCUUGAAUACACCGGAAAGGAUGUAGAAUAUGCCUCUUAUGACUCCUCAAGAGCUGAGAUGACUUCUCAACUUAAAAAAAAGGAGGAUUUCUUUAUGAUCGAUACCCAGCUCGCCCCGGAAGCCCGUGAGGCUAUUCGCGAAGCCGGCUUUGCAGCAAAGCCCCUCUCGGCAGUAGAUUUAUCACAACUUCUCUGCAGCGAUGAUACUGUCGAUUUUACCCUCACACAACCGCCGGCCGAUGCUGAUGAAGAAAGCGAUAUCGAUUUAUCUGAUGAAGAGGAUCUCGCGAUGCCCUCAUCGCCGCCCUGCCUCCCUGACUAUGAGUCCCCUGUUCCAACGAUGCCCUCAACACCAUGCCCGCUUCAAUACCAAGCCCGAUUUGACGAUGCCUUCAUAAAUCGCAUGAUAGAGGAA